AUGAUACAAAAACAUGAAUCAACACAUUGGAAAAUAACGCCAGAUCUUGUUCCUAUUCAGAAUAAACCUGCAUUAUUAGGAGAUCAAAAACGCCUUAUUAUUGUUUUGGAAAAGGCUUGUUUAGAAAUAUAUAAAGUUGGAACAUCUAAAGAAGGAAAAUAUCAAUUAUUAAAUUGUGAUGAUCAUCAAGGGAUUUUAAAGAAGAUGAAGAGGGAUAUUUCUGAAGCAAGACCAGAUAUUUGUCAUCAAUGUCUUUUAACCCUUCUUGACUCGCCUUUAAAUAAAGCUGGUCUUCUUCAGGUUUAUAUUCAUACAGCUAAAAAUGUUUUAAUUGAAGUAAAUCCAAAACUUCGGAUUCCUCGAACUUUCAAGAGAUUUUCAGGGUUGAUUGUACAACUUUUACAUAAACUUAGCAUAAGGAGUGUAGAUGGAGGUGAAAAGUUGUUAAAAGUAAUUAGGAAUCCUAUUACUGAUCAUUUGCCACCGAAUUGUAAAAAAAUAACACUUUCUUACGAUGCACCGAUUGUUCAAAUAUCUGAGUAUCUUGAAGCUCUUGAUCCUAAUCAACCAUUAUGUAUUGUUAUUGGAGCAAUGGCUCAUGGAGAAGAUAAUUUCGCCGAUAGUUGGAUAGAUGAAAAAAUAUCUAUUAGUAAUUAUUUAUUAAGUGCAAAUACAACAACAAGUAGAAUUCUGCAUUCAUGUGAAAAUUUAUGGGGAAUUAAUUAG